AUGCCGGAAGACGUGCAGAUGAACGACUCGGAACCCCAGCCUGCGGCCCCAGCUCCCGCCGCCGCGGCGCCGGCGCUCUCCACACUGCACCAUCUGAAGGAGAUCGCGACCGUGAUCGAGGCCGGCUCUCUGUCCAAGGAGGUCCGCCGGAUCUCCCGCGCCUUCCGCCUCACCGUCGCGCUCCGCCGCCGCCUCGCCGCGCGGGACGUCUCCGCCUUCCUCGCCUUCGCGCUUCCCGCAUCCUCCGAAGCCUACGGACGCCUCACCGCCCUCGUGCCCAAGGAAGAUGAUACUGAGAUGGAUGUUGAUGCUGCGUCUCCGGCAACUCAGAUUUCAAUCAAACAUGGUCUCCCUGAGAUUGAAAUAUUUUGCUACUUGCUUGUACUGAUUUUCCUUAUUGAUCAGAAGAAAUACGAUGAGGCUAAAGCAUGCGCAAAUGUGAGCAUUGCUCGCCUGAAGAACCUAAACCGGAGAACUGUUGAUGUCCUGGCAUCUCGUCUGUACUUUUAUUACUCUUAUGUGUAUGAGCUUACCAACAGCCUUGCUGAAAUACGUGGGAAUCUGCUUGCUCUACAUAGAAUGGCAACUUUGCACCAUGACGAGCUUGGCCAGGAAACACUACUCAAUCUCCUCCUCCGCAAUUACCUCCACUACAACUUGUAUGAUCAAGCAGAAAAGCUUAGAUCAAAGGCACCUCGUUUUGAAGCACAUUCCAAUCAACAAUUUUGCCGGUACUUGUUCUACUUGGGCAAAAUUAGGACAAUUCAGUUGGAGUACACUGAUGCUAAAGAAAGCCUCCUGCAAGCUGCUCGUAAGGCACCAACAACAGCCCGUGGUUUUCGGAUUCAGUGCAACAAAUGGGCUAUCAUAGUGAGGCUGCUGCUUGGAGAGAUUCCAGAGAGGACUGUUUUCAUGCAGAAAGGAAUGAAGAAAGCUCUGACACCUUACUUUGAGCUAACAAAUGCUGUCAGGGUUGGGGACCUUGAACUGUUCAGGGCCGUCGCAGACAAAUUUGCAAGCACAUUCAGCGCAGACAGGACUCGCAACUUGAUUGUGAGGCUGCGACACAAUGUCAUUCGAACUGGACUGCGCAACAUCAGCAUUUCUUACUCAAGGAUCUCCCUUGCUGACAUUGCUAAGAAGCUCAGACUAGACUCUGAGAACCCUAUUGCUGAUGCAGAGAGCAUUGUAGCCAAGGCCAUAAGAGAUGGUGCAAUUGACGCCACCAUAGAUCAUGCCAAUGGCUGGAUGGUUUCGAAGGAAACUGGCGAUGUCUACUCGACAAAUGAGCCACAAAUUGCAUUCAACUCCAGGAUUGCGUUCUGCCUCAACAUGCACAAUGAGGCGGUCAAGGCGAUGAGGUUCCCCCCUAAUUCUCACAAGGAAAAGGAGAGCGCUGAGAAGCGCCGAGAGAGGCUUCAGCAGGAGGAAGAACUGGCUAAGCACAUGGCUGAGGAGGAUGACGAUGAUUUCUAA